AGUCAAAGAGAGAGAGCUUCAACUUCCAGCUGUCCAUUUAUUGCAUCGCAGCGAAUUGGGGAAAGGUUUCUUUCUUCUAUCCACUUACCGUAGAAACAAGUGCCAAAUACUUUGUCUUCCUGUGGCUUCUGGGUCUCUGUCAACAUCAAAGCUCUUUACUUUUCCAACUGACAUUAUCGUGCGUCUGUACGGACCACAAAGGCUCUCUCUUUAUUUCUUUCUGUGAGUUUUGAGGAUCUGAGAGCCAAAGAUCAUGGAGGAAAGCCAAGAACUUGCCUUGACCCAGUUGAGAAAAUCGGUCGAGAAACUCUCUUCCUCCACUGAGGGAUAUGAAAAACCGACAUUGAUGAGGUUCCUGGUGGCAAGAUCAAUGGACCCAGACAAGGCAGCAAAGAUGUUUGUAGAUUGGCAAAAGUGGAGAGCCUCCAUGAUUCCUCCAACUGGAUUCAUCCCUGAGUCAGAAGUGAAGGAUGAAUUGGAAUUCAGAAAGGUCUGUCUUCAGGGUCCAACCAAAUCCGGACACCCUUUGGUGCUUGUCAUAACCUCUAAGCAUUUUGCUUCUAAGGAUCCAGCUAACUUCAAGAAGUUCGUUGUUUAUGUGCUAGACAAAACAAUCGCAAGUGGAAACAAUGGCAAAGAAAUUGGAGGUGAGAAAUUAGUAGCCGUUAUUGAUCUGGCAAACAUUACAUAUAAGAAUCUUGAUGCUCGUGGAUUGAUCACUGGCUUUCAAUUCUUACAAUCUUACUACCCGGAACGCCUUGCAAAAUGCUACAUCUUGCAUAUGCCCGGAUUCUUCGUGACCGUUUGGAAAUUCGUCUGCCGUUUUUUAGAGAAAGCAACUCAGGAAAAGAUUGUGAUAGUAACGGACGGAGAAGAACUGAAAAAAUUCGAGGAGGAGAUCGGAGCAGAAGCUUUACCGGAAGAGUACGGUGGCCGAGCUAAGCUCACAGCAAUCCAAGAUGUUCUUCUUCCUCAGUCUGCUCCAGUAACUCUAACAAACAAUAAUGUCUGACUCUUUAACUUUUGGAAGCAUUAACCUGAAAACCCUAAACCCUGCUUUAAUCUAUUUGACUAUUAUUAUUUUAUUUU